ACCUGCGCAGGCGCAAGCUGACAGCCACUUCCGGGCUCGAGCGUCGAGUUUCGCCGAAGAAGAAAACCCCGCGGAGGAGUCCCGGAGUGACCAUGGCGACCUACAGCCUGGCGAACGAGAGGCUGCGCGCCCUGGAAGACAUCGAGCGGGAAAUCGGCGCCAUUCUCCAGAAUGCAGGUACCGUGAUCCUGGAAUUGUCCAAGGAGAAAAGCAACGAGCGGCUCUUGGACCGGCAGGCGGCGGCCUUCACGGCGUCGGUGCAACACGUGGAAGCGGAGCUGUCGGCUCAGAUCCGCUACCUCACCCAGGUGGCCACGGGGCAGCCCCAUGAGGGUUCCAGCUACUCUUCGAGGAAGGACUGUCAGAUGGCCCUGAAGCGAGUGGACUACGCUCGCCUCAAGCUCAGUGAUGUGGCCCGAACCUGUGAGCAGAUGCUGGAAAACUAGGCCAAGCAGGUGGAGUGAGAGCUUGGAGGAGGACCCGGGACAGGGCCUGUCCGCACCCGGGACAGAACCCAGACACCUGUGCAAUGGGUAGUGUGGGCCGCCAUAUACAUGCCCUGCUGGCCAGAGGAUAUGGGGACAAAGGGACUGAAAGUGGGGGGUGGAGAAACUUGGCAGACCAAGCCUGCCAC